CUGUAUUGCAAGUCAUGUGUUGUUUGUAUGUAUUUAUUGCUAUUUAUUAGAAGUGAGACAACAGUAGGAGUCGUCACUGAUAUAGAGUUAAGCAUUGAGUGAAUGAAUGAAUCGACUCUUCAAUUGACUACAAGUUUUGUGUGAAAAAUGGCUGAAAAUGUGUUGAUAUAAACAAAUGAUUGUUUGGUUUGAUAUGAAUUGCCAUCACUUUUAUACCUAUUAUUGAAAAUGAUUUUAUUUGUCACUCAAUUGUUGUCAUCCGUUAGUCUGUCAUUCAAACUGUCGUCAAAUAACAGAGAGAUGUUUAGUCAAUAUAUUUGCCACCAUUUGUUUGUUUAGUUAUCAAUUGAUUGUCAUUUAAUUAUUAAGUGAUCACUCGGUGACCACUUCGUGACAAGUAGUGUAUAGUCGAGUGGACCACUCGGUGACCAAAUGGGUGCCAAACAGAGCACUACCACCACAAAUGCCAGUCCCUCUCAUGUGCUUCAAAGUAACGGUUCGUCCAAUGCUGGCCAUCACAACCACGCAGUGGCCACCAAUGGUCGGUCAAAUAGCACAAGAGUGACGCCAUCGACCAGUCAUAGCAAUGCAAACAGUGAUAUACAGACAUCCAGUGAUUGGCGACAACGGGCUCGCAGUUUGUCCAGUGUUUUGAACGCAUCUCAAAGCAAUGGCAGUGCAAUACAUGUGCCACAAAUGCAUUCAAGUUUCGGUCUCUCCAUCUCUCCUGAAGAUGACUUACAUAACGAAGACCUCUCUUUCGGACGGGUCUUCUCUGCCCAUUCACUACCCGUUCAAUUGAUUUCAUUCAAUGGAAUCAAAUGUCCCGUUUGUUCAAAAUUUGUUUUACCUGAUGAUGUCGAGUGUCAUCUGGUUAUGUGUCUUACAAAACCUCGAAUCAAUUAUAAUGAGGAUAUGUUGACUGAAGAUAAGGGAGAGUGUGUCAUAUGUUUAGAAGAACUCAAUAAAGGAAACAUUAUUGCAAGGCUUCCAUGUCUUUGUAUAUACCAUAAGAGAUGUAUCGAUGCCUGGUUUGAAGUCAACCGUUCGUGUCCGGAGCACCCACAAGACUGACCUAAAAUGUAUAGAAAUAUAUAUAUAU